UAUAUAUCCGUCAGGCUUCACUCCCACCUUCUCGCCAGUGGAAUUUCAUCUCAGCUCCUGCACCUUCAGGGCAGACGAGAGCAUAAAAAUAAGCAAAAGCUGGCAGGCUGACGGGAACUUGCCUUUUACAGGACGGAUUAUCUGGUAACUGACCAUUUAGCUGUGGCACGCUCGGACUCUGUGUUUUAGUGUGGGAUUUUAACCAUGAGCUCAGUCGCUGUACUUACGCAGGAAAGCUUCAAGGAGCACCGCAGUGGGCUCCUGCAAGAGAAGAAUGCUGCUGGUGGUCCUGGUGCUGGAGAGGUUGAGGAGGACCUUCCUACCUACAAGGAUGCCUUCCCACCUCUGCCGGAGAAGGCAAAUACACCUGAGGGGACCCAGGAAACGGCCAAUGCCUGGCAGAAACUUCGUCCUCUCAAGUCUUCUGUUAUUACCCAGGUUUUCCAUGUGCCGCUGGAGGAGCGCAAGUACAAGGACAUAACUCAGUUUGGGGAAGGAGACCAAGCGAAGAUCUGUGUGGACAUCAUGCAGAAGACUGGAGCCCAUCUGGAACUCUCCUUGGCAAAAGAUCAGGGUCUUUCCAUCAUGGUUUCUGGAAAGCUGGAUGCUGUGAUGAAGGCCCGGAAGGAAAUUGUGUCCCGACUGCAGACUCAAGCUUCAGCUACUGUCGCCAUCCCUAAGGAGCACCAUCGUUUUGUCAUUGGCAAAAGUGGGGAGAAACUUCAGGAACUGGAGCUCAAAACCGCCACCAAAAUCCAGAUCCCACGACCUGACGAUCCCAGCAACCAGAUUAAGAUCUCUGGUACGAAGGAGGGCCUAGAAAAGGCAAAGCAUGAGAUCCUGUUGAUUUCUGCUGAGCAGGACAAGCGUGCUGUGGAGAGGGUGAACAUUGAUAAGGUGUACCACCCCUUCAUCACUGGUGCCCACAAUAAGGUUGUAGGAGAGAUGAUGCAGGAAGCCGGUGCUCGCAUUAAUGUCCCCCCUCCAAGCGUAAAUAAGACUGAGAUCGUCAUCACUGGGGAAAAGGAGCAGGUGGCCCUUGCUGUGGCUAUGAUCAAGAAGAUUUAUGAAGAGAAGAAGAAGAAUACCACCACCAUUGCAGUAGAAGUGAAGAAAUCCCAGCACAAAUAUGUGAUUGGCCCCAAGGGAAACACCCUGCAGGAGAUCCUAGAUAGAACUGGUGUUUCGGUUGAGAUCCCACCUUCUGACAACAGCUCAGAAACUGUCAUCCUUCGUGGGGAGCCAGACCGUCUGGGUCAGGCCCUCACUGAAGUUUAUGCCAAGGCAAACAGUUACAUCGUUUCCUCGGUGUCAGCCCCUUCCUGGCUUCAUCGUUUUAUUAUUGGUAAAAAGGGGCAGAAUUUGGCCAAGAUUACCCAACAAAUGCCCAAGGUACAUAUUGAGUUUACUGAAGGAGAAGAUAGGAUCACCUUGGAGGGUCCUACCAAAGAUGUCCAAAUGGCUCAGAGUCAGAUUGAAGUCAUUGUUACAGAUUUGGUAAGCCGAAUGGACUACACAGAGAUCACAGUGGAUCCUAAAUUCCAUCGUCACCUGAUUGGGAAAGGAGGCGUUAACAUCAACCGCAUCAAAGAGCUGCACAAGGUGACUGUCCGUAUCCCUCCUGACAACGAGAAGAGCAACCUCAUUCGUAUCGAGGGGGAUCCCCAAGGUGUUCAGGAAGCCAAGAAGAAGCUGCUAGAGCUGGCGUCACGCAUGGAGAAUGAGCGUACAAAGGACUUGAUAAUCGAACAGCGUUUUCACAGAGCCAUCAUCGGCCAAAAAGGGGAAAAGAUAAAGGAAGUGCGUGAUAAAUUUCCAGAGGUCAUCAUCAAUUUCCCUGACCCAGCACAGAAAAGUGAUAUCGUUCAACUUAGAGGCCCGAGGACAGAGGUUGAGAAAUGCUCAAAGUUUAUGCAGAAGAUAGUGGCUGAAAUGGUUGAGAACAGCCACUCUGUCUCCGUACCCAUCUUCAAGCAGUUUCAUAGAAACAUAAUUGGAAAAGGAGGCUCAAACAUCAAGAAGAUUCGAGAGGAAACCAACACAAAGAUCGACCUGCCUGCUGAGAACAGCAACUCUGAGAUGAUCGUGAUCACAGGGAAGAAGGCAAACUGUGAGGCUGCACGCAACUGCAUCUUGGACAUUCAGAAGCAGCUUGCCAACAUCACAGAAGUGGACGUGUCCAUUCCCUCAAAGUUGCACAACUCCUUGAUUGGGUCAAAGGGCCGUUUGGUACGCUCCAUCAUGGAGGAGUGUGGCGGUGUGCACAUCCACUUUCCCACUGAGGGCUCAGGGAUUGAUAAGGUCACCAUCAGAGGCCCUGUAGAGGAUGUGGAGAAAGCAAAGCAGCAACUGCUUGCCUUGGCAGAAGAAAAGCAAAUCAAGAGUUUCACUGCUGAGCUGCACGCGAAGCCAGAAUAUCACAAGUUUCUCAUUGGGAAAGGUGGUGGAAACAUCCGUAAGGUUCGUGACAGCACCGGAGCCAGAAUAAUCUUCCCCACUGCAGAGGACAAAGACCAGGAGCUCAUCACUGUGGUUGGCACAGAGGAAGCGGUGCGCACAGCCCAAAGAGAGCUGGAGGAGCUCAUCAAAAGCCUGGACAACGUUGUUGAGGACACUAUGAAUGUUGACCCCAAGCACCAUCGCUACUUUGUGUCUCGCCGUGGUCAAGUCCUCAGGGACCUUGCCGAUGAGUAUGGUGGCGUCAUGGUGAGCUUCCCUCGCACGGGCUCUCCGAGCGAGAAGGUCACACUGAAAGGAGCCAAAGAGUGUGUGGAGGCAGUCAAAAAGCGCAUGCAGGAGAUUAUUGAGGACUUGGAUGCUCAAGUCGCCAUGGAGUGUGUGAUUGCUCAAAAGUUCCAUCGUUCCAUCAUGGGUCCCAAAGGCUCACGGAUUCAGCAGAUCACUAGAGAUCACAAUGUGCUGAUUAAAUUUCCAGAACGUGAGGACCCACAAGCUACACCUCCUGCAGAAGCUGCUGUUCAAGAGAAUGGAGAAGCGACCGAUGAAGUGAAGGAACCCGUUGAUCCAAACUCUCCUAAAAAGUGUGACGUGAUUUUGAUUUCUGGACGCAAAGAGCGCUGUGAGGCCGCCAUAGAGGCUUUGAAGGCCUUAGUUCCAGUCACUAUUGAGGUGGAAGUGCCUUUUGAGCUGCAUCGAUACAUUAUUGGACAGAAGGGAAGUGGAAUUCGCAAGAUGAUGGAUGAAUUUGAGGUAAACAUUCAAGUGCCUGCUCCUGAGCUGCAGUCAAAUAACAUUGCAAUCACAGGCUUGGCCACCCACCUUGACCGCGCCAAAGAGGGCCUCUUGGAGCGUGUCAAAGAGCUGCAGCUCGAGCAGGAGAAUCGAGCUCUGAAGAGCUUCAAGCUGACCAUCACUGUGGACCCGAAGUAUCACCCUAAAAUCAUUGGUCGUAAGGGAGCAAUCAUUACAAACAUCCGCAUGGAGCAUGAUGUGAACAUCCAAUUUCCAGAGAAGAAGAAUGAAAACCAGGAUCAGAUUACCAUUGUAGGGUAUGAGCAGAAAGCCAUUGCUGCACGAGAUGCCAUCCAGGCCAUCGUAGACGAACUGGAGGAAAUGAUCUCUGAGGACAUCACCCUGGACAGCCGGGUCCACGCUCGCAUUAUUGGAGCUCGAGGCAAGGGCAUCCACAAGAUUAUGAGCGAGUUCAAGGUUGAUCUCAGGUUUCCACAGAGUGGAGCUGCUGACCCAAACCAGGUGACUGUGAUUGGUCGCCCUGAGCACGUGGAUGAAGCAAUCGAUCAUCUCCUUAACUUGGAAGAGGAAUAUCUGGCCGACGUUGUUGAGAACGAGUCAAAGAUGGCUUACGUGAAGCCACAAAGUGGUGGUGGUGCUGCUGCCAUGGAUGAUCACCGUGGCCCAUCCAAAGGUUUUGUGGUGAGGGAGGCUCCGUGGACCACCGGCAGUGAGAAGGCUCCUGACAUGAGCAGCUCUGAAGAAUUCCCAAUCUUUGGAACUCCAGUACAAGUGAAGGCUUCACCCUGGGGACCCAAGCGCUUCUAAGCCAUGCUUCUUACAGAUUGGCCCAAACUUGACUAGUAACAAUCCUUCCCGUUGUUGUCAUAACACCCCCCCCCCCCCCCCCACACACACACACAUCUCUUUACACCUCUUGACCUGGACUGACCGCUGGCCCUCAGAAUGUCCAUCUUGUUCUCUAGAGUUGAGACUGCGACGAGUGCUUUCAGAUCUUUAAUAUUUGAACCUGCGUUAAAUCACUACUGGGUGUGGGGUGUUCCAGUUGAAAUGUUUAAAUGAGACUCCUCUGUAGUUUGAACUGUUAAACCAAAUUGUGGUGGCCAGACAACAGUAUUUUGAGCUGCCCUGAUCUUAGUUGCCUUUUGCAGGAAAGGGGUAAAGGGACUCGAUUACUGCUGUUACAGUACCCCACCCUCUUCCUGCUUCAUCCAUGUAGCAGUGACGAUUGUCAACAUGGGCCCCCAAGCACACUGUGGUUCUUGUCAUGUCCUAACUGUGCUUCUGUGCAUAAUGAUCAAAUCCUGGCACCUACCUUGUAGCCUUAUGAAUCUGUAAACUGGGGAGGGGUGUGUGUGUGGGGGGGGGGGGGGGGGGGGGGGGGGGGGGAGCUUGCUGCAGAAUGACACCCACUCAAACUGCCAGAUGUUUGGAGUUCAUGCCACACCUAAACUUUGUACAACACUAGGCUAGAGCUCCAGUGCAUCACACCUCACUAAUUGUUAAAUGGAUUUUUAUUUUUUUAAUUAAGCAAUUCACUCUACAGGUAAAAAGAAAGACCAUCCUGUGCCAACUGUGUAGUGAUGUCCUGUUAUCUGCCCUCUGCAGUGGCUCCGUGUCUGGUCCUUUUGUCUUCCACUUGCUAUGCAGAUCGAUCUGUACUAUGGCAAUGGUCCCAGUUUUUUUUUUUUGUUUGUUUGUUUGUUUUUUUUAAAUCAGCCUUAAACCUAGAAGGAUACAAACCAGGUAGAAACAAUGUCGGGGUGAUCCAUAAAUGGACAACUGUAAGGAAUGUUUAUUCCUUUUUUUUAAAGCUUCUUGAACACUUGUAUCUGCACUUGUUUGUUGCAGGUCUCAUUUUGCUUGGGAGUGCACGAUUAGCAUGCUAGCUGCUAAAUCAUCUUGCAUCUGCCUAUCUUGGUUUAGAUCCUUCUUGUUUGAAUGAAAAGGUUUAUGCAACUACCAUUGAAGUGAACGGUUAUGGACAACUAGAGAAAAUGUCCAAAUUAAAGAGAAAAUCUUGGGGGAAAAAAACGGAAA